AUGAAGCACAAAUGUGAAACCUCGGACACCACGUACGUUCCUUCGGGGUCGGACGCUUCUGAUGCCGAUUGCGAUACUGGACACGUUGAUUUACAGUUCGAUGACGAAAAUCAGAAUACAGAAUACGUUCAUUCCAAUUUCGAAGAUGCACAUUGGGAUCUUGACGAUGUUGAGAACCCUGACGCUAUGGAUCAUGACGCUUCAGCAUCUCUAUUCCACGAGCCGCCCAAUUCUUUUGUGGAUGUAGAAACUGUAGACUCCAACAGUCUAUCUCAAGUUCCAAUCUCGGGCUCUGUUACCCAGCCUUCCUCAAACGUUCCCUUGGAGUUUCCAACUUGGCACACCCCAGCUGAAGAUCAACCACUUCAACCCUUUCUGGAAGCUCCUGGAGAUGAUCAGCUUUCCUCAUGGGGAGGAUAUGAUCCUGGAGUGGGGCCUAUGCUUCUUGACAGUGCGAACCAAGGCCAAGACGAUACCAUUCAAGGGCCCAUCUUCGAAGGGCGUCCCCCGGGUGGACUACAUUACCAUCCAGUGGCAGAUUGCUCACCUUUCACGUACACUCCCGCUUCUGAUCAGAGAAAAAUAUUUUCAUUUGAAGAAUAUUCUCGCCCUGAAGACGUCAUAUUUGACAGUGCCAACCUGCCACAGGUCAGUCCCAAUCGAUUGCCUGAUGGGAACGAAGAUGGUUUUGUUGCGCGCAAUUGCAACCCUGCACAGCUCGACCAGUCUAUGUCUUCUGGAAGCAAUGAUGAGACUCAGGUCCAAGGACAGCAGGACAUGGCUUGGGCUGCUGCGCAGCCUAACUUCAACCAAGUGCCUUUGCAGUACUAUCCUUCAGUGCCUGCUCCGCUUUAUGGACAGGAAUCUAUUGCUUCGGCUCCUGCGCAGCCUGAUCCCAACCGAAUGUCUUUUCUCUACUAUCCACCAAUGCCUGAUCCACUUCAAGGACAAGAGUACGUGGCUUCAGCUCCUGCGCAGCCCAAUUCCAAUCAAAUGAUUUCCCAGUACGAUCCAAACAUUCUUGAUCCACUUGAAGGCCGCGCAUACCAACUUCCACCCCUGGGGCAGAGACAUGGCUACAAUGAAAUCCAGGAGUCCUCUCUUCGGGCCGAACAGCAAGCGGAGAUUCACCGAGGCCGCAAAUACCAGCUUAUUGACGAGGGUGAUCCAUACCAACUGACACCAAGCCCUUCAAAGAGUCAAGAUUCAUACACUAUAUCGCUCGACACUAGCCCACCUUCCUUUACGACGCGCAUGUUCAAGGCUUUCCCCCAGUCGGACAACUUGAAAAGGGCUUCUAAGCCGCGCAAAGCCAAGGCCACUCAGAUGUACCAUGAAGAUUCCACUGAAGAGGAUCAGUUUUACGAUCAUGAAAGUAGUACCGACGAUGCUACCGAUGGAAGCCCUAGUCCCAGUGCUUCAAAGACGAAGCGUGACAAAGGCAAAGCUCCGGUCUGGAACCCUCCCGACAAGUCCAAGAGUACAGUGAACGAGGAUCUGAGCACCGUGCGCGAACUGAAUGAUAAGCUGUCUGAAAUGGACAAGACCAUGGACAGCCUGGCCAGCACCUUGCAUCAGAUUGCGGCGGGCAUAAAGGCAGACCCUGAAUCUACGACGGCCCAAUCCUUUCGUCCGGAGCAAGCCAAGGACCAAACUUCGACCCUGGGAAAGCGUCAUGCAUCGGAUACGACGGAUCUCUAUUCGCACCGCUUGGUGAAACACAAUUCAAUUGCCAAAAAGCCUUUUUCAAGUGGCGCAGGCGGAAGUACCGAGGCAGGCCCCAGAGAUAUCAGUAGCGGUGUUCAUACCCCAGUGAGCAAGAGAGCCCAAGCGGUAAAUGCCAACGCUAGCAGCAAAAAUGCCAAACGCAAGAGCCUGGAUACAGAAGCUACGCUCAUGGAUCCUCCUACUCCAGCAGCCAAGAAAGCUCGGGUGACAUACUCCAAGGCGAGCAACAAGGGCAAGGGCAAGGGCAAGAGCUCUGCCACUACCCCCGCAUCGGCGGACAAAAUUACCAGCAAGAAAAAUGGCAAGGCGCCAAUGACUACAAAGGACACCGAGACGUUCUCGGAUGAGAGAGGCCAGGUUGAAGAAGGCAAGGCCAGCAAGGACAAGCGCAAGAGCUUGAUUGACACCGCUAUGACCAUGAAUGCCCCUACGCCUACACCCAAGAAAGCCCAGUCCCAGGCUUCAGGAUCCAAGCUCAGCAGAAAGGUUAAUCAGAAGAGCUCGAAUGACAGCAGGGGUAGACUCCAAAGUCCCCCUAUCAAGCCCAAGCCGGCUUGCAAGCCGAUUGCGAUUCCCGAAAGCUGGGACGAUGCCAAUCCAGCGGACAUCCUGAUGUUUGAGCUGCGAAAGAGCGGGGCAACCUGGACGACGAUCGGAGAAUGUUUGACGAGUGCCUGUGAUUCAGAGUACUCGUACCGGACCCUUGCGAAGCGUUACAGCAAAAUCUUCAAUCGUCUGGGCGAACUGCCGGCUCGACUGUCCCUGCCGGAGGAAUCAUCCCAGAACCCGUCUGUCUCCCUUCCAUGA